AGUAACAGAAAAGGUUCGAAAUAAAGGAAAGUUUUCAAAUGCCAAAAACCGCUAGGGUUUUGAAUUCUACAGUGUAAGUUAUUCACCGUCGACGUCGACCAUGAUUCCGGUCUGCAAUUUCAAGAACCUUCGAUUAGGGUUUUCAACAUUUUCUUCUACAUUUGCUUCCAAAUAUGUAAAACCCUCACACUUCCUUCUUCAUAUUCAGAUACUCUGCAGACAGUUGACCUCAAAAAUCCCAGAAACCCACCACAGUUUCACAGUCAAUUACCUCAUAAACUCAUGUGGGCUGUCCCCAGAAGGUGCGAUUUCAGCAUCUAAGUGGGUCGAGUUGCGAUCCCCCAAAAUUGCAGACUCCUUUCUGUCCUUCCUCAGAAACCAUGGAUUCUCUGCAACCCAGAUCUCGAAGGUGGUCAGGUCCUGCCCACAACUUCUUUACUCCAAUCCGGAGAAAACCCUUUUGCCAAAGCUUGAAUUUUUCAGGUCGAUUGGAGUUUCAAGGGAGGCCCUUGCAAAAACUCUCGCACAUAAUCCACAGAUUUUGGCUAUGAGCUUGGAGAAGCGGAUUACACCCACUUAUAAUUUCCUUAGGAGUAUCAUUUCUGAGAAGAACUUCGUUGCCUUUUUGAAGGGCGGUUCGCAGAUUUUCUUGGAAGGGCAUUCGAAGAAUGUGGCACCAAAUAUUGAAAUUUUGAGAGAAUUAGGUAUGCCCCAAUCACGUAUUUCUCUGUUGCUAACUCAUUUUCCUACCUGUUUAUUACGAAAGCCUGAGGAUGUUGGCAGAGUUGUGGAUGAGGUUAAGCAAAUGGGCUUUAAUCUGGAAAAAUCAAUGUCUGUGAUGGCAAUAAAAGCGUUGUGUAGUAGUAAUAGUAAGUCCAUAUGGAAUCGUAAUUCAGAAGCUUAUAAGAGGUGGGGUUGGUCUGAGGAUGAUGUUCUCACUGCUUUCAGGCAGUUCCUGCAGUGUAUGACUAAGUCGGAGAAGAAAAUAGCGCAAGUAAUGGAAUUGUUAUUGAACAAGAUGGGAUGGCCGCUAAGAAUGAUUACCAAGUACCCGGUGGUCAUGAGUUUUAGUUUGGAGAAGAGAAUUAUCCCAAGAUGUAAGGUUGUAAAAGUUUUGCGGUUGAAGGGAUUGGUAAAUAUUGAAAACCUGAGUUUGAGUACCGUGUUCCUACCAACGGAGAAGAAGUUCUUGGACAGAUUUGUGACCAGAUAUCUCCACCAAGUACCUCAAAUUGUGAGUGUGUAUCAUGGAAAUGUUCGUAUCCAGGGUGUGUGAUCUCCAUUCAUAUUUUGCUGGAGCAGAUUCACUUGGUUGCCAGUGGCUGAAAAUAUAAAUUCGUUGGUUGGUCUUUCACUUCUCCGCUGCCUAGCUGCUUUAAUUGUAUAUUCUAUCAUAUUAGAACACCAGCUUGGCUUUUGUUGGUAUGGAAAAAUGCUUUUGAACAUAGUCUUGCUUCUAUUGGUGUUUAACUAUUUAAGAGAGGAGUGAAAAAAACCUUUUUGUUUCGUCUAUUCAGAUCAAAGGUAUCCAUUCAUACCAAAAGAAACAAAUGCGCACAAACACACACAUAGCUCAUGGCUAUUGAUGGUCUAUGUAAUGAAGAGUCAUUUCUUUUAUCGUUUGUCACUGGGGAUGAAUAAAUCUAUUUUAACAUGUCUGAGUACGUUCUUAUCUAAAGAGUGGUAUGCUGUUACAACGUUACUUGUUUAUUGUUUCAACUCUGUAAGAAAAACAUGUUCAAUAAACUUAAAAUUCUCUUUCAAAUAGUAUAUAAAGAGCUACAGGUCAUGAAUGAGUGCUUAUUUGAUUUUCCCGUUGUUAGACUGUGCUGUACUUACAAUAAAUGAAGAAUAAAAUACUUUGUAAGCCCCUCAGUUUUUUUUAGGAGCCUAUGAUGCUGGAUUUGUAGGACUUGCAGGUUUUCUUCAUGCUGUGAAGCUACCUUCUCUACUGAAGGUAACUUAGCGGUUUGCCCUAAUUGUUUUGGAGGAAAAACUAAGGUGGUUUUUUGUUUUGGCAGUGGAAUGGGGUGGAAUGAAGUGUGUUUUUUUCGCUUUGUGAAGAUUCUUUGUUUCUAGGCUCUUCUUCUUCCAUGUCAUCCAGAGAGUAAUUCCUUUCACUUUUCCUGAACCAUGGUGUUCAUACAGUACUCUUCUCCCCAGCGGAUUUUCAUAUUUAACAAGUAUUGUAUUUAUAAUUUAAUACACUUGUACAGCACCACCAAGCUAUAUUUGCAUGUCAGUGAAUACGAUAUGAUUCAGAAUCCUGAUUUUUUGCAGCUCUUUAUCAAUUUUCUGGCAUUACUGUGACAAUUGAUUAGUAGAUUCAAUCUAGCCGACAUAUCAUACUGCAUUUGAAGAUUUUUUUGUAGGGGGUGAGUUGCCUUCAUAAUCUGGAGUGUCCUAAUAAGCUGAGUUGCUUUCGGGUUGGAACUUAAAAGGUGUGGGUAGUAUGUUCAUAGCGAGGCUACAGAAGGCGAGCGAGGGCAUCCUAGUCUAUUGGUUACUGGUAAGCUAUUAUAAUUGUACCUUAGACGUGGAUUCAAGUCUUAUACACUUCAAUUAUCUCCAUCCUAAUUAAUCGGUUGUAUGAAUCCCAAAAUGUCACUGGGGUCGGUUUUAAGCCAAGCUUUCCUCAAAAGAAAUUCAAAGUAAAUUCCAAAAUGUUGUGUGAAAUUCCUUUGUAUUUUGGUGGGUGCACGCACGGACGCAUGUAUGUGGCAGUUAAUGUGCACAUUAGGGUUUUGGAUUGGAAAGCCAACCAUGUUAUAAAACCCAAUAGGACAAUGCAAUGUUUAAUGUGACUGAAACGUUUAUACAUGUGAAUAUAUAUAUAUACAUAUAUAUAUAUAUUAUUGUAUUGUA